AUGGUUAACGAUACUACUACACGCAGUACCGCACCUGCAGCGGACUUGUCUUUUGAUUUUGGCCCACCCCCACCAAAAUUCACAGACAAAUAUGUUGAAAGGGAGUACGUCAAAGAGAGAUUAGCUUUAGCGUACCGUGUUAUCGCAAGAGAAGGUUUAUGUGAAGGAGCUUCGGGACAUCUCACAUCUCGAGAUCCGGUUGAUAGAGAAUGUUUCUGGGUCAAUCCUUAUGGUCUUCACUUUUCACGAAUGACAGCAUCUGAUUUACUCCUGAUUGAUCAUCAUGGAAAAAUCGUCAUGGGUGGUAAACCUCAUCAACAAAGAUACAACGCGGCGGCCUUUGUGAUCCACUCAGCCAUUCACGCAGCAAGACCAGAAGUGGAUUCUGUCUGUCACGCUCACUCUCCUUCCGGAAAGGCCUUUUCAACAUUGGGACGGAACCUGCCAUUCUACACUCAGGAUUCAGCUGUCUUCUGGGGUGAUAUAGCGUUAUAUGCUGCUCAUGGUGGCGUGGUAUUAUCCUCAGCCGAAGCAGAAACGAUAGUCAACCAUAUUGGUAAUAAAAAAGCUUUGAUCAUGCAGAACCAUGGAAUUUUAACGGUCGGAGGGUGUAUAGAAAGUACUAUAGCCUGGUUCAUGCUACUUGAGAAUGAAUGCAAAUGCGUUCUAGCCGCAGAAGCGGCGGCUGCUAUGACUGGCUCGAGACCAAUUGGUAUUGAGCCUGAGGUAGCAGAAUUCACAUGCAAAGAAAUUGGUACUGAAGAAGCUGGAAGAUUCGAAGCUUUACCUUUCUUCGAUCUGGUAGAAGAGGAAUGUGCUGGUGCACACCGGAAGUAA